AAACGAACAAAAAAUAGUGCACGUCUCCUACAGCUGUCUCUGCAUGACAGUGAAAAGGGGAAAGCCCGCCGAUGCAAUAUUUUCGCUUUUCCACCGAUGGAAUUUCUCAAUUUAAGAAACGGCAUUACCGAUAGAAGGAACAACUCCUUCUCUAACAAUUCCCACCCUUCCCCGAGCAAAUCACUCCCAUCACCAGCCGCCCCGUCUCUUGAUCAGUGUAACAAGCAGCUACUCAAAAGUAAGCUUGUUGAUUUCAGCGAACCUUACUUCCGCGUAAGGUAGAACAGCGCACCAUUUUCUAAGACCCCAAAAAAUAUAAGAUUUAAUUGUCGGUUUCCUUAAAAGAAGAAUAAGAAAGUAAAAUAAAACCAUUCUGAUGCAAGCAGAAUUUAGAGGAAGCUCCCUAUUUCCCCUGCAUAUUUAACUUCUGCAUUUCUAUAGGCCAAAGAUUGAGUUUCGCUAGAGAUCUCUUUUACAGCUGUACGGAGCGCCGUUUAAGCAUAGGCAAAGACAAAAUUGCUUCUUCAGAUAUGUCAUUUUAUAAUGCAACUAAAUCUUUGACAAAAAUGAUAGACUCACAAGGAGAUUGGGUUCCUGUACCCAGCUUGAUAGACCAUAACAAUUUUAGGCCCCUUUGCCUGCUUCAAAAGAAGAUGAAGACAUCAUGGUGGCAAAGCUGCUCUUAUCACAAAACUGAAUACCAAUUAUAUCACAUGCUGUUACCAGGAAAUGACACUUCAAGUCUAGUUUGCAAAAAUUCAGAGUUAUUCAUCCUUGAAGACACUAUAGAUGGAAUACUGAAAGGGAAUAUUAGUGGAGUUACUGACACUGAAGUAACUAGCACUGUCAGCAUUUCUCAUGAAAGGUCUGUAAAGGUGAAAAAGAUACAUAUUCCAAUCCAAGACCUUGAUUCCUUUAUUAAAGAAAAAAAAAUCAACAAUGAACAUCCAUUUAUUAAACAAUCAAAGAAACUCCAGAGGAACUUAUACGUGAUCACUGAAUCAGCAGAAGCUGUGGAAAUGACAACGUUUGGGGAAUCCAGCAAAGUGGAAAGCAGCAUCUUUCAUAAAGCCUACAUCAAACUGAGCCUGAAGGGUGCUAGAGAUAGGAAGAAAAUAAUCACUAUCCCAAAGGGGUGCAUCUUGGCAUUCAAAGCUAAGAAAUUACUUAUAGAAGAAGGAACCUUAGGUAUUUCUUAUUACUCAACUGAUAAAACAGGAACUUUUGAUAUACAAUUUAAGUCUGAAAGUACAGAUAUACCAUCUAUGUCUGAAAGUGCAGACAAUAGGAAAAACCUUCAAAAGGAAGUUGAGAACGAAUAUGUACCAUUUUCUUUAAUGUCUUCAAACCUGCGUGGCAAAUUUCUAACUAGUUUUGUGGUUCUAAUGAAGAAAACUGACCUUUUGGAAGAACUGGAGUUCCAGCUGGAACAGGUUCUUGAGGACCCUGAACAAUUCAGACUGAAUAUGGACAAACCAGAGUUUAAGGAUCUGAUGGAGAACUUGCAAGAUGUCAAAGGAGUAAUUGUCACUGAACUUGCUGAGGCUACUCUCUAUUUUCUUCAGGCUCUUGAAGAACUGACAGAUUUCCAGAUAAUGCUAUUGGUAGAAUCUAUGGAAAAAAAGAUUGUGUCCCAGCAAUUGAACCUGGUUGGAAGAAUCCUAGACAAAUAUUUCUGGAAUGGAAAACAGAAUUUUACUGUAGAAGUCCAGCAAUUACCUGAAGAGGAAUGGGAUAUAACUGGAAUGUUAAUUGAAGAAAUAAGUGGAAUAUCCAUUCAACGAAGUGGAUGCACUGUUAGUGGAUCUGUACAUCCUGAUGUUUCCUCAGCCCUCCCUGCACUAUAUGUGGUUCUAUUUGCAAUUGAUCUUCUAUCUAAGAAAAGUUUUUAAGCCAUUCUUCUAAAUCAGACUAUGUUUGCAGCUAGAAAAGAAUCAUGCACAAAUGCAGCAGCCUAAUAUAUUAAAAAUGAAAGUUGUAAUCAGACAGUUUAUUUGAAAGGAAGCUUGCCUGAGAAUAUCAAUUUAUAUUAGGUAUUUACUUCUUGCAUUCAAUUCUCCAUAACUGCAUUCACACAAAACUAAAUCAUUUGUAGUCGAGCUUAAUGGAUUGUUCAAACUUAGAUUAGGGCCAGUCAGAAACCAUUAUGGUGAUUAAAAUAAUCACUAAACAUAAGGAGGAAAAAAACUAAAGAAAAAUAAAUUUGCAGAUAGUCUUCAAUGUAUGACCAUUUAACAAACUACGAACUGCUGAAAAAAGUGACUUAUGGCCAAUCCUUGCACAUACAUUCAGACUGGAUUUGCUUAAUGAUGAUGUGAUUUAUUUAAUGACUGCAGCAAAAAGAUCAUAAAAUUGAGCAAAACAAAUUUAACAACUCCAUUGCUUAGCAAAUAGUCAGUUCCAAUUAUGGUUGUAAGUGGAG